GUAAAUAAAUAAUAGUCAAAUUGUCUUUUACUCCUCCCUGUUACAAAAAUAGACCUGUUAUGUCAGACCAGGGGAAUAGGAAGGAUAGUCACAAAAUUUAUGCAUUUCUUCCAAUUUGAUUUGUAAAACCUUUACAGUAUUUUAUAAUAUUUUAUUUAACUAAGAUUUAGUAUAUUAGAUAUUUAUAAAGUAGCCUAUAAGUUGUCAGUAUACAGUCCUAUGGUUAGUCUGUGAUGUUAGUAAAUGUUACUGGAUAAUAUUUCUACAUCAAGUUUGAGUUGUGUCUCUUUAUUCAGGAAAACGUAACUCUUGUUUAUUAUGAUUUUAAAGUUCAGGAUUGAAAUUGUGAUAAAAUGAGUGAUAAAAAAUGUAUUUUCUGUGAAAUUAGCAAUGGAAAUGACCCAAAAACUCGAAUAAUUUAUCAGGAAGAAGAUUAUGUUGUUUUUAAGGAUAUUAAACCGUGCACAAGUCAUCAUUAUUUAGUCAUACCUAAAAAACAUAUUCCAAACCCAAAACAACUCACUUCAAAACAGCUGCCAAUAGUUGAAAAACUAGAAUCCAUUGGUCGGCAAGUUAUAACAGAACAGGGAGGGAAUGUAGAAGAUGUCAGGAUGGGAUUUCAUUGGCCCCCCUUUAACAGUGUUCAACAUCUCCAUUUACAUGUGAUUUCUAAUACAGAUGAAAUGGGAUGGAUAGCUAGGGGAAUUUUUAAACCUGACUCUUUCUGGUUCGUGUGUGUUGAUUGGGUGAAGGAACGAUUAAGAAAGAUGGAAGUCAGGGAAAACACCUCAGACUCUAACAUGUGAGAAAGGCGAACAAUUUAUCUCUACGCAGUUAUUUUUUGGUACCAAUAUGUGGAAUUUAAUAUGAUUUGGUACUAUUGCUACUUUAAUUUGGUUAAAUUAAUGGAUUAUUAGAACAAACAUUCAAAUUGAAAACAACCACCAUUUCAGGAAGAGAAUAGAAGGUGAAUCCACCCCGGCGGGGUCCCAGCAAGUGAUAAUUAAGCCCCAGCAAAACGUUCAUCAGUUCAGUAGAGAUUGAUUCAUUUACAGUGUCUUUGUAAGAAAUCAAAAAGAUAAAGAUUUUGAUACGUUUUUGGCAGCACAAAAUUGUCAGAAAUGAGUUCUCUGGGUAUUUAAUUCUUCAAAUUUUCUGAGCAAAAAUCUGAGCCAUAGCACCAAUUGAUUCCUGGCGAGGGGGCUGGUUGAAUAGUAAGAUUCAGGCCAAUGUGAAAGUUUAAUAUUAAAAGGGAGAUAAGAAAUAAUUUGCUAACUUGAAUUGUUAAUGAUAUUAUAUAUUAUGUUAUAUUAAAUAUUGUUUAUAGUAAUACAGUGUAUAAAUUUGUUAUAUGAUGUCUUCUCAAUAGCUCAUUGGACAUUAUGUACGAACUUCUUGUCGACCCAGUUGUAAAGGGUACAGAUAAUCCGUGAAAGAUCAGUGCUUUGAAAGUUUUGCCCUUGGACCAGCUAGUUCAACCAAAGUAAUGCUUGUGAAAAUAUUUGUUUCUUUCUGUCUUUUUGUAGACGAUCGCCUUUCAACACUUCUUUUAGAUGAAAAUCCAUGUAAAUUAUCAAUAAAAUUUGUUUUACUUCUUUC